AUGGCUAACGCUUUCCUCAUCGCCUUUCUGUUUCUGUUUCUGUUCCGAUAUGUCCGGGUGCUGGCCAACUGGAUCGCAUCGUCGAACUACCGCCCUGUACCCAUUUCCGACAAACCGACUUUUCGACCAGAGGACGUGACAGUCAUUAUUCCGACCACGCGAUUCAAUGACCCGCUUCUGCACGAGGUCGUUUCGUCUGCGCUGGCGCAUCCGAUCGCAUCGCUGAUUCUCGCUGCCGCUGGCGACACUGCUGCUGAGUAUAUCAACUUAGCUAAGACCAUCUUCCCAGAUGCACGGGUGAGCGUCGUAUACCGCAAGGAGCCCAAUCGACGCGAGCAGACGGCCAUGGCGGUUGCUAAGAUUACGACGCCCGUGAUGAUUAUCUCGGAUGAUCAUACUUUCUUCCCGACUACCGACAGGUUCGUUCCUUCUCUCAUUGCUCCUUUUGAUAAGCCGUUGGUUGGUGCUGUCGCCCCUGUUCUCGAGCCCAUUCAUCAUCACCAUCCUUUCUCUUUUCGUGGGUUCUGGAAUUUUGCUGGUAUGACGUACUUGCUGCGCCGAGCCCAUGAGUUUCUCGCUACGAAUAGCAUCGAUGGUGGAUUGUCGUGCUUGUCUUCUCGCUUUGCCGUCUUCCGCACCUGUAUUUACGCUGAUCCUGAUUUCGUGCACCAGUAUCUCAACGAGUACUUGCACUUGCCUUGGGGCCGAGUCGGACCGCUCAACGCAGACGACGACAAGUUCCACACCCGCUGGCUCGCCAACCACGGCUGGGAGAUCAAGAUCCAAGGCGGGCCGGACAGCAUCAUGGCGACGGAGAACGUGGGCGUGUGGCCGAACUUCCACAAGCAGCUGAUCCGCUGGAACCGCACGACCUGGCGUUCGAACCCGCGCGCGCUGCUGUAUGAGCGAGUGAGCUGGACGCGCUUCCCCUACACUACAUACAGUGUCUUGGUGUACUCUUUCGUCCGGUUGACUGCGCUGUACGAGCUUGCUUUGGCGUAUUUUCUCAAUGCAGGACUCGCCGGGAUGGGAUUCUCGUCGCGCACUCGUAUGCUUUGCUUGUUGACGCUCUUUCUGUGGAUUGAUUCUCUCAAGGCGGUUAAGAUUAUGCCGCACUUUCGCAAGUAUCCCCAGGACGUUGUGUACUUUGUGCCUUACCUGCUUCUGGGUUGGUACUGCACGCUGAUUAAAUUUAAAUUCCUGGGACACAGAUGGUACCCCUAG